AUGGUCGCCAAUCACGCGUCCUUCCGCGGCUCACGGAGCAGAGGUUAUGUGAUCGACUCCCCAACGGAUCCUAUAAACUUCAAUCACACCCACGCAUUCAUCACAUCUGCCUACUACUACGAGAAUUCCAAAUCGUACGUUUCAACCCAUUCUUAGUCUACCACCUCAAAUGUUCCAGACUCGGUAAGAAUGCGUUGGCGAUGGUUGUGGUGAUGAAUCAGAAAACGUACGCGGAUCUAGAGAAGUACGAGCUGACAAUAGUGGGCACCAAUGGAAACAAGAGUCGCCGCUCAAAAGCAACGAUCAAAAAGUUUGCCGGAGAUUGCGUAUUCAGAUUAAUAGAACCCGUUUGUUUCAGAGAAACGACGUCGGAGACUUUCUGCGAAUACAUAAUGGUCUUGGUUCAAGCGACGACUUUGUCGAAUCCGCAGACUCUGGAAAUCGAGUCGACAGGCACGAGGGUCUCGAUUCCGUUCCGAAGCCCGCGGACGUGGUCCCACUCGCCAGUCAUCAUUUGCAUUUCUCCGCAGUUUGUGGCCGAGAAAUGGCAAGUGUUCCUGAUGAACAUCCAUGUGAUCCGGAGGUACGGGGGUCAUAUGCACGUCUACGUGACCAGCAUGAUCAAGGAAUUAUUUGCGACUCUGAAGGUCUAUGAAAGCUGGGUAAGGACGGUUUUCGAUGACGUUUUUUGGAUAGAAUGAUCUUAGGGAAGUCUGACGUUAGAUUAUUGGGUGAGAAUGAAGUUCAAAGACGCAAUGAGCCCGUAUUCUGAUCCGAUGAAAAGUGUGGAAUGGAGGAAUCAGGCGGGAGCACAGACCGAUUGUCUUUUGCAGUACAAAGUGGGUUUCACACGGAGCAUCAGUAGAAGAUAGUUGGAUUUUAGGAAGUGGCAGACUUUGUCGCCUUCUUCGACAUCGAUGAUAUUCUGAUUCCACGUCUCUCUCACAAUUACCAUCAGGAAUUCUCGAGCCACUUCGGCGCGUAUCCCUCUUAUCACUCGAUAUUCUACACGAAAAGAGAUGUGGUCGUUCAGAAAGUCGCCAAUGUGAAUGGAUUUUCGUUCCGAAAACUGUUCUCCACCAUGGAAAUCCGAAAAGAAACCGGAUACGGAAAGAGUAUUGUCGAUCCGAUGAAGUACAAUUCCACGUGGAUCCACCACUCUUUCCAGUUGCCCAAGAACAAGAUUUACAAGGUGUUGAACACGGAAAUCAUCCAUGUAAAAGGCGUUUCCGAAGAGGAGCUGAGCAAAAAAGCACCGUUUGUUCUGCCGAAAAUGUACGGAACCGAGGCGGAUCCUAUCAUUCGAGAGGCUGAUUUGAGCUCUCUUGAUCGAGAUUUUAAAGAGUUAGUUUCAUUUUAUCUCAAUCUGUAAAUUAUCAGUUGGAUUUCAGUGCAUUCGGAGACAAAACGUACAAAGCAGCCGCUGUGAAAAUGGUCGACCACAACUUUUACGGUCCGAUUGUGUUCCAGUGCUACAACGAAUCAUUCUACCACCCGUAUUUUGUGGAGAACAAGAGUUUUGACGUCCUGUGCCCAAACGCUGAUUCGUGCGAUGUAUGUUUCCGACGACAUUCUCUGAAUUCUUCACAAGUUCUCAUUAAUUGCAGCUCCCACAACGAGAAGAUAUAAAAUGCAUUCACUCGAACGCCGAGUACAUCUCCGGUCCUGAAAUGUACCCAAUCACAUUCCAUUACGCAGUCAACCCAUUCUGGUCAAAGCACAUCGGAUGCUAUCAAUAA